UGUCCUAUGGCCUGGAUGUACAAAUAUUUAAAUGGCUUAUCAGACAAUCCGCCCCUUAAAAAUAAACAUACCAUUAGGAUAAUCGAGGCUAUUAAUACAACACCAAAUAUAACAAGCCAC